UUAUGUUUAGUCCCACCGUUUAAUCUGUUAUUUCAUGUAUAGUGCAUCGAAUAUUUAUUCAAACCCAAGUCUGCAAUCACAAACUGGAAUCACUGUCAGUUAGUGACGGUUAUCAAAUUCCUAAAGAAUAAUCCUCGAACUUUUACUUCCCAAAAGCCAUAGAUUUCAGUAGUGAUUAAAUUCAUCAAAUCAUCAUAAUAGGGUUUUGAAAAACCAAGCUAGAAGAAAUUCGAAACCCUAGAUUGUAUAAAUCCAUAUCAGUCCGAUGUUUUAAGCCUCGAGUGUUCUCAAUUUAGAAGCCGUUUACUGCUUCCGUCAAUGGCAAUCAUCAGCGAUGCGCUUCGGCAAGUGUUUAUGCCGAAGCGCGAGUACGAGAGUCUAAGGGAAGAAGAAAAAGCGUGGGGAAAGCUUCAGAGACCCGUGACAAUCGCUUUUGCUGCCGUAAUCUGUUUUGCAAUCAUAGUGUCUACGGUUAUCAGUUUGAAAAUAGUGUUUCCCGGUAACGAUGGGAAGAGGCCGUUCUGCGUUGAUCGAAGGCUUCAACCGAUACAAUUAGGAAUGAAAGGUGACUCUGAUUUGGAUCUGUUUCCUGGUGCUUUUUAUCUUACGGAUCAAGAAAUUGCCGAUUAUUACUGGAUGGUUGUGUUCAUUCCUUCGUUGAUUGUUUUUGUGUUCUCCGGCGUGUAUCUUGUUGCUGGUAUCACUGUAGCUUAUUCUGCUCCAACAAGGCAUGGAUGCUUGAAGGUGGUUGACAAUAAUUAUUGUGCCUCAAGGCGGGGUGGCGUUCGCUGUCUAUCCAUCUUGAAUCUUAUCUUCGCUAUCAUCUUUGGUCUUCUUGCCUUGUUUCUUGGUUCAAGUCUCUUGACAUUCAUGAGCAACUGCUCUACACCUUUGUUUUGGUGCUAUGAAGUUGCAUCGUGGGGACUGGUUGUUCUAUAUGGUGGCACUGCCUUCUUUCUAAGGAGAAAGGCAGCUGUGAUUCUUGACGAGGUGAACUUUAGUGGUCGAAAUCUAGGGCUCGAAAUGCUGGAAACGAAUCCCUUGGAGGUCACACCAGAGGUGGAAAGACGUGUUACUGAAGGUUUUAAAGCAUGGAUGGGUUCAUCCCUUCUUUCUUCUGACGAAGAAGAUGAACCUGACAGUUAUGAGGAGGCACCUCAUUUAGCACAUAUUAACUCAAACAGACAAAGAUUGUGAACUGAACUCAAUGAAUUCAGUUCUAAGAGCUUGACACCAUCUUUCCAGUCUUUCAUGCCUUGAACAAUGCUAUGAUGGAUGGAAUUCAGUUUUGGACAAAAAAUGUUUUAACAUGUAUCAUAUGACAGUGACAGUUACAAAUGUUAAUUAAAGGAGUAUGGACUUGAUGCUCCUUUGAUUUACGAUUUCAUGUGCUACAUGAGUAGUGUAGUUUGUUAAUAAUUAAAAAUGUUAAUUAAAGGAGUAUGGACUUGUUUAAUAAUUAUAAACAAACUUAGUUUAUAAUUAUUAAAAUGCGAAUGACCAAGCUUUGACUUCCUAAGGAGGGUGGCAAAGCACUCUUGCUGACCUUUGUCUGGGUCUGCUUUUUAACACGGUUUGUGUGCUCCAUUUUGAGCUACUUUUAAUA